AUGCAUUUUGCAAUCCCCGCACUUAUCACUGGCAUCUUUAUGCGCACUUGCCUAGGAGGAGUCUUUCAGGUCAUCGACGAAGACCAUGGGUGCAAAAUAUACACCAACGAUGUCCAUGGUUGCACUGGCUACUCCGCAUCAUUUGCAACGCUUCACGGAAAAGACUGCUCAGACCUCACUGUGGUCGUUGGUGAAACUCGCCUUGGCUUGCCUUAUGUUGAUGCCGCAGCAUGUGGACAGGUUGACGGCAAAAAUGAAGCUUGGAUCAGGGUAGAAAAGACGGGAGAGGUCAUCUUCUCCAAUCUGAACGGCGACAAAGCUAAAUGCAAGCUUGAUAAUGGGCUCAAUACUGGAAGUUCAUGCAGCGCGUCUGACUAUAAGCCCUUGACGAGCACAAGCGCAGGUCCGUCUUCGAGCCUCGCAGCUUCGUACUCGUCAACAGCUGAGUCGGGCUCGUCAUCGACGAUUACAUCUGAUUCGACCUCAACUACUGAAUCGGAAUCAUCUUUGGCUACUACUGCCGGCUCGGCCUCGGCUACUACAUCUGAUUCCUCCGGCAGCUCUUGCUCAGAUUGA